AUGCGCCUGCGUCUCGGCCACCUCCACGUCCCCAGCGUGACCAGCUACCAGCACGCCGCAGCUUUACAAUCCCGACUUGUCCAUGCAUUUCUGGCCUCCAAAUCAUCCACAUCGUCCACAGCAGCACCAAAACUUACAAUCCCGCAUGGCACCACAAACAUAACCAUCCCACCUGGGCCAUCCAUACUCACCUUUGAGAUGCAGCCCGUAUACACCUGCGGACGGCGGGAAAUUGGUACCAUCAGCCCCGAGCAGCAAGCAUUUCUGCGUGCCAACGGACAGGCGCAGUUUGUCGAAGCCCAGCGCGGGGGCCAAACGACGUUCCACGGUCCCGGGCAACUUGUGGCCUAUCCCAUCAUUGAUCUACGCGAACAUAAUAUUCGGCCGCGGUGCUAUGUGAGGUUAUUGGAGAACAGCGUGAUCGCGACGCUGGCGAGGUAUGGGAUCAAGGGCUUCACGACAGAUAAUCCGGGCGUGUGGACGACAGAAGACAAGAAGAUUGCGGCGGUGGGCGUGCAUCUGCGGCGCAAUGUCACGAGUCAUGGGAUUGGACUCAAUGUGAAUACCGACCUGUGGUGGUUUAAUCGCAUAGUGGCGUGCGGAUUGGAAGGCAAACAGACGACGAGCUUGGAACGUGAGGGUGUUCAGGGCAAGACGGUCGAAGAAGUCGGCGCAGUGUUUGCGCAUGAGUUUGGGAAACUCUUGGGCGCGGAGGAAAUGUAUCCUCUCACGGAAGAGCGGAUAUUGGAGCUACCUGAGGGCACUGGGUCAUGA